ACAACCGCAUCGCACUACUGGUCGGACUGGUCCUUCUACAUUGCGCCUGGGCUCAGGGCGAACAGCGUCGCGAAACGUCGGCCACAAUGUUGGAUUACUGCGUCAUCGGUGCCGGACCAUCUGGUCUACAAAUGGCCUACUUUCUGCAGCAAUCCAGGAGGAACUACCUGGUCUUCGAGAAGAGCAACAUGACCGGUCACUUCUUCAGCAAGUACCCGAAGCACCGGCAGCUCAUCAGCAUCAACAAGAGACACACGGGACAGCAGAACCCCGAGUUCAACCUGAGGCACGACUGGAACUCCCUGCUCAGCCAUGAACCAUCUUUGCUCUUCAAGCAUUUCUCCCAAGAUUACUACCCUCACGCAGACACCAUGCCAACGUACCUAGAGGCGUACCGGACAAAGCUGGGCCUGAAAGUUCAGUUCGACACGGAAGUGACGAACGUUCAGAAGCUGACCGAAGAAACAGCUCAGGGACACCGAUUUUCCUUUCGAGACCAGCGAGAACGGCUGUAUCUCUGCAAGGUGCUCAUAGCCGCCAACGGCAUGUCCAAGCCCAAUGUUCCAACGUUUGCGGGAAGUGACCUGACCGUCGGCUACGAGGACGUCUCGACGGACAUUGAAGACUUCGAAGCCAAGACGGUCCUGGUACUGGGCAGGGGCAACUCCGCCUUCGAGACGGCCAACCACAUUUCAUCGGCCACCAACUACGUCCAUCUAUUGGCCAGCUCACCACCGAGGUUCGCAUGGAGUACGCACUACGUAGGCGAUCUCAGGGCCAUCAACAACGACCUCUUGGACCAUUACCAGCUCAAGUCCCUAGACGGACUUCUGGAAGCGGACCUUCGAGAACUGAGGAUAGUUAGGACGCCCAGUGGGAAGAUGGCAGUUCACGUAAUCAACGACACCUACAACUACGUGCCCCCAGAGGACGAGUAUGACGCCGUGAUCCGUUGCCUCGGGUUCACCUACGACGACACCAUGUUCACGGAGUCAGCUCGGCCUGAGAGAGGAGCGGGACGCAAGCGCAAGUUUCCGCUCAUCAACAACGAUUACGAGUCGGCCAACGUCCCUGGCAUGUACUUUGUCGGCGCUGCGAGUCACUCUCUGGAUUUCCGGAAGGCUGCCGGGGGUUUCAUUCACGGCUUUCGCUACGCAGCCCGCGUCCUGCACCGGCUGCUGGAGUUCAGGUACCACGGAGUGCAGUGGCCGAGCGUCCGGAGACCGCUUGCCGAGCUCGUCGACACAUUGGUCCGCAGGAUCAACGAAGCAUCGGGCAUCUACCAGAUGCACAAUUUCCUCAGCGAAGUGGUCAUCAUUGAUCGGCGUACCAUGGAGUUUGAGAUGCUCGAGGAGUACCCACUAGGCCUCGUGACCGAGCUCGCCGAGCGGACCGGCAGAGACGGAAGCGAACUCUUCGUCGUCGUCAUGAAGUACCACCCAGACUUCUCCGGACCGCGGCUCGACACUUUUCACUCGCAGAGGUCGACGGCCGACCUCGACAAGGCGCACCUUUCCAACUUCCUCCAUCCAGUCAUCUAUUACUACAAAGACGCUUCUCAAGGCAAGAAGACGCGAGAGCUCGGGGAGGACCGAAGCCCUCCACAGCCGACGCGGGAACAUCACGUCCUCGAGGACUUCCUCACGCGCUGGACGUCAAAGCGCCUCCACGUCGAACCGCUGAGGAAGUUCUUGGAGAGCUGCCUCCAAAUGAGCCUCCGGCAACCGACAAACCAGUGCACCGGGCGCCCAAGCGGCCGGGACAACGCAUCCUCCGUGUCGCCCGGCUGUGCACCGCAGUCGCCCCGGGAAUCGCACUUCACUCACACCCACCACGCUUCCCGCGAUGUCGACAUCUAACGGUCAAUGUUCGUCAUAGCACGGAUUGGUGUAAAUAGUGACCAGAUUCUAAUGGUGUCUGCCAUCCCUAUGGUCGCUGACGGGUCGAGGGUAAAAUGGAAGCUCCUCCCACCUCCUCUCCAGCGUUCUCCCUGCUAAAGGGGGAAAAGGUGGGAGGAGCUUCAUCUGAACUCUUCACCUGUCAUCGACCAUAGCUUUAAGCAGGAAGCCAGAUAAGCUGUACUUUCUUAUUUAUGCGUUACAGAGGCUACGGCUACACAUUACAGCCGUAAAUGCAGGUCGUGUCCCUGCUGAACCAGUGUGGUAGAGUCAGUGUGAGCAUACGAUGCACCCUAGUAUUUAAUGUUAAAACAGACAGUUGGAUGCAUGAUGCCAUAGCUGAGCUACACAAACUUACAACAACCUAGCUCUGACCUGACACGUCUGUUCAAUGUUAAAAACUGUGCACGGCUUUGGAUCAGCAUGUAAUGGAGGACCUUCCACAGAGGUAUGAACAUGUGGUUGCCAGGUUCUAGUUCACAGGAUGUAGCAAAAAAUGUAGACAGCACGGUACAGAAUGUAUUUUCGGCAUUUCCGUUUGAAAGAUGAAGAAAGCUGCAGAGUUUUGUUUUGAUCAGCAGCAGAACAGGGGCCUGUUCUGCAAACCUUGAUGUUGCCAGUUGCAUUCGUAGCACUGGUAGAAUGAAAAUUUAAGUUGUUUGAAAUGACAGAUAAAUGUAAUUGUCUCAAUCCACAACAUUUCUUUUAACAAAACGUGUUGGCCAACAUGCAACCUCAGUUUUCUGCAAGGAAGAUAAUCGUCUUAGCACUCCCCUCCCCUAAGCUGCGAGGGGAGCCAGGUUGUGGCAAGGUAAAAAGUGGAGAGAAUAUGGGAAAGGAGGCAGGUAAAAGUGGCAAGUAUGAAGCAUAUGUUGGCCUUUAAGUGAGAGCUCUUUUAUUAUAGGCCCCAAAAAUGCCAAUUUAACUUUAUUGCAUUCCACAAGCACUGCCAUAUUCAAGCAUUAUAUGGUCAAGAUGGCAGUGGUCUCAAGUAGUUUUAAAGUAGCUUCGAAACAUUCACAAUGUCUUGGUGGACACUGACAGUGCCCUCCACCAUUUUUAAAUUACUUUUAUUAAAAAUAUGUUUGUGCACUUUCCGAGCAUUUGGUAAAAUAAAAUUUUGUUAAGAGUUGGCA